UACACCUGAGGAAACAUCCACUCCUGUUGUUCUCACUACAACCACGUCACCACCUAAUAUAACAACAUCUGCAACAGCAAGUCUCAUGACUACUUCUACAAGCAAACCAACUGCAUACUCUACUAGUACAAAGGAGGAGAUGUCAACCAUUCUUUUGUCCACAACAAUACUGCAAACAACAGAAAAAAGUGUGCCAACCACGGUUUCCACAUCCUUAACAACAACAUUUCAUUCAGUUGUCACUGGUCCCACAGAGCCCACAGUGUCCAUAGUACCUACAGCUCCGCUUGUUGACACCACUACUACUUUACAACCUACAGCAACACCAUUAACAACAAGAGUCACAUCCCCUACAUCAACUGAAGUGUCAUCACGUCCCACUGUUGUGACGACAACAACUUCAUCAUCUAGUAUUACGUCCCCACACACAUCCACUACUGAGACUUCAUCAGCACCUGGACAAUCUACCACACCUCUCACAUCAGGAACGACAGAAUGCUUCUGUAUUGUUGAUGGCAAACAUUAUCGGCCAGGGGAGGUAAUAUUUGACAAGAAACACAUUGGAUCAGGUAUAUGUCUCACAAUGAUAUGCUCUGAUGUUUGCGAGAUUCACAAUGAGACUAGCCCUUGUUCGUCAACGCCUGCACCCGCUCCCACACCCUAUGUUCCCACCUGUCCUGAAUGGGAUAAAGGGCAAAACGAGACAUUUUUCAUUUGCAACUGCACACUGGCCAGAUGCAUUGAGAACAACACAAUUGAAAUAAUUUCAUAUGAGUGUCCACCCCUUAAGGAAAUCACUUGUGCUAAUGGAAAGAAACCAGUUAUUGUGCACAAUGAAACCAAUUGCUGCGACUAUUACGCUUGUGACUGUAAAUGUGACGGUUGGGGAGACCCCCAUUAUAAAACAUUUGAUGGCCUUUACUACACUUAUCAAGGAAGCUGUACCUAUGUCUUAAUGGAGGAAAUUGUACCGAAACACGGCUUAUCAAUUUAUAUUGACAAUGUUGUCUGUGAUGUCACUGAAGCUGUGUCAUGUCCUCGAUCAAUCAUUGUAGCCUAUCGGUCACAAGUUAUCACACUCAUAAAUCAUAAUGUCAUUGGAGCAGUUCAAAUGGAGGCUCUCCUUAAUGGAACUGGUCUGAAAUUACCCUUUUCAAGUCAAGGCAUUAAGAUUGUAAACACGGGGCUUUCGCUGGUUUUGGAAAUCUCUGAAUUCCAAGUUGUAGUUGCUUUUGGAUUGACCGGAUUUGGUGUCGACCUUCCAUUUAAAUACUUUGGCAAAAACACACAGGGCCAUUGUGGAACGUGCAACAACAACCAGGCUGAUGACUGUAUGUUACCGGAUGGCCAACUUGUUGAAAGUUGUGCUGUAAUGGCAGACUACUGGCUGGCAAAAAUCAUUCCUCAGCCCAGUUGCCAGAUACCAACCAUCCUCACAACUGUGGUUCCAGAAAUAAAGAGACCAUGCAAAUCAAGCUCUGUAUGUGAUCUGCUUAAAAGCGGGGUGUUUAAAGAAUGUCAUCCACUCAUCUCUCCCGACUCGUUCUAUCAGGGCUGCACUUUUGAUAGCUGUCAUACUGCAAAUGCAGAAAUGCAGUGCACAAGCUUGCAAAUUUAUGCUGCUGCCUGUGCUGAGGCAGGGGUUUGCGUCCACUGGAGGAACCACACCACACUCUGUGCAAGUAACUGCCCGUCAGACAAAAUUUACAAGCCAUGUGGUCCAGUAGAGCAGCCAACCUGUGAUGACGAACCUGAAACAUCCACUAUCAAUGUCACUAUGGAGGGCUGCUUUUGUCCUGAUGGCUUGACGCUCUUCAACAAAGCGUCCGGGAUAUGUGUUAAUAAAUGUGGAUGUCUCGAUGUGGCCCACAUCCCACGUGAGUUUAACGAGAGCUUUGAGCAAAACUGCCAAAACUGUGUUUGCGAGGAGUCCACCAAGUCUGUGACUUGUAAGCCGAAGGUGUGCCCAGCACUGCCCGUGGCCAAUUGCACGGAACCAGGAUACAUCCCUAUCAACCAAACUAAUCCGGAAGACCCUUGUUGCACCUCUUCCGUUUGCCGAUGUGACAGCAGGACUUGUCCACCCAUCAAAACAAAAUGUCCAGUUGGAUACAUGCAAUCAGUUGCCAUCCCCGGUGGAGGGUGCUGCCCACAACUCACCUGUGACCGUAAAAGAGUUUGUGUUCAUGAUGGCGUGGAACACAAGCCUGGUGCUUUAGUCAACGUGUUGGACUGUCACGACUGCGUCUGCAGCAGCAAAGAGCUGGACCCCAACAAUGGUCUUUUGAAAGUAGUCUGUCAGAUUCAGCAGUGUGACCAGAAAUGCAAACCGGGAUAUACGUAUGUCACUGAUUCAGACGAAUGCUGUGGGAGAUGUGUACAGACCCACUGUGUCCUCAAUGUCAGUGGAACUGAGAAGCUCUUGAAGUCAGGAGAAACCUGGUCACCUCCUGAGAAUAAAUGCAAGCAAACCUCAUGCACCAGAAGUGGUGACAGUUUGAUUACAACUAUUUCAGACAUUAUCUGCCCACUGUUCCAGCAGAGCAACUGCCAGCCUGGCACGAUUCAGACUGCUGCAAAUGGCUGCUGUGAAAUUUGUGUUGAGAAAGACAAGGUGUGUAGGAUAGGGUCAAUGAGGACCUUCAUUAAACACAAUGGCUGCCAGUCUAAUGAGGAGGUAGACGUGCCGUAUUGUGAAGGACAGUGCAACACAUUCAGCAAGUACUCCGAAAUGGCAGCCAUGAUGCAGCACACUUGCUCUUGCUGCAAGGAGUCACGAUACAGCAAUCGCACUAUUGAGUUGCAUUGUCAGAAUGGCAGUGUAGUAACUCAUGCAUACAUGCACGUGGAGGAGUGCGGCUGCAGCCACACAGACUGCACCCAACCUGCUGAACGUCCUGCCCGCAAGAGACGCAGCUUCACAUUGUUUUAAUGGAAACGCUACAUGCCACCAUUUCUCGAUACAUAGAGAAGUUAACCUGCUUUUGCUUUUCCCCUAUCUUUUAUGCUGAACUUUUAAAAGCAAUUUUCAGCAAAAACAAUGCGUCAUAAAAACUGCAACUCUC